AUGAAUGAAGAGAGACGAAGUGGAUGCAGUAACCCACCGCCUUUUGAAGAUGAUUUGCAGGCGCGUGACUCUUCAACCUCCGCCUCUUCCCCACUUCUUGGCGAUAGUGACAGCCGAGUUUCAUUACUUAAACAAUUGAAUGUAAUGAGGCCAGAGGUUUAUCACCGAUAUUACUUCCCGUGUGAACGGAGAAAGAUGGAACGAUAUGAAUCUGUAGAUACAUAUGAACCAGCAACUACAGUGUAUAAGGAUCAUUUAGAAAAUCGAAGCCAGGAACCUCGAUGGUUUAUUUGGGUAUUUGUAUUUGUUUUAGGUAUGGCAUCUAGUGCUAUUGCGAUGACGAUAGUUUCUGUUUUACAUAUGUUGAAUGGUAUUCGAUAUGAAUUAUUAGGGUUUGGACUUCGAGGAUUUAAUUUUAGUGAUUCCAAUCGAUACGAUCCACAGAUCUUGACUAAUCAUACAGAAUUAGAUAUAGUGUCUAUGUUUGAAGGACUUGGUGUUGGUUUAUAUGGAAUUGAACCUCGAUCCUUUUCAAAAGGAUAUUUAAUGUGGAUUUCUUUUAGUGUAGUAAUGUCCUUAUUAUCGAGUAUUAUUUGUGCCCUUGUGCCGGAGAGUGCUGGAUCAGGAUUACCUGAAGUUAUGGCUUAUUUAAAUGGUGUAGAUUAUCCAAUGUUAGGCAGUAUAAGAGUAUUACUGGCAAAAGUGGGUUCUAUUGUUUUUUCUGUAGCCAGUGGAGUUUGUACAGGACAUUUUGGUACAUUAUUUCUCACAGGUGCAAUGUUAGGAGCUCAAGCCCUUCAACGUCGUUCUUUUUUUCGUUGUGAUUGUGUAAAUAUUAUUGAUUGUUUUCGUAAUCCACGUGAUCGUCGUAUUAUUGUUGUGAUUGGAGCUGCAGCUGGAGUUGCCUCUGCUUUUAGUGUUUCUAUUGGUGGAUUAUUAGUGGUGGUAGAACUUAUUUCUACUAUACUUCCUGUUCGUUUUGCACUUUACGUUUUUGCAGCAUCUCUAGUUUCUUCUUUAACACUACAAUGUUAUUUUUCAUUUUUUCAAUAUUUUACUUUACGUGAUCGUCGUUUUUAUCCAUCCGGAGAGUUAAUAUCCCCCAUUGUACAAUUAUUUACAUCUAAUGUGUCAUUUGAAAAUAUAGUACGAAUGCAUAUUUUUUAUUUUAUUCCUGCUAUUGUGAUUGGAUUAUUAUGUGGAGUACUUGCUGGGGGAUAUACACGUCUAAGUUGGUUAGCACUUAUAUUACGUCGAAGAUUAGAAUUACGAUUACAUACAAAAAUAAUUCGAUAUAUAAUGCCAGUUUUAUUUACAUUUGUUUAUGUUACUAUUCAUUAUUGGGUUGCGGCAGCUUUUGGAAGUGGUGGUUGGUCUCCACAAUCUCAACAAGAACAACAAAUAAAAGAAGGAAAUAAUGAAAGACAACAACAAGAGAAUUUUUUACCACUAUUUAAUAAUACCAAACAUGAGUUAUUUGUACAUCAUCAUCAACAACAACAACAACAGUUAUUAAAAACAGAGAAUCCAUCUAUGUAUUUUAUUUCUGAAUUGAAAAUGGAUUGGCCUUGUGUGGCUAUUCCAUCAACUCUAUUAACUACUAAAAAUGUCUCUGUUAUUGCGUAUUAUGGAGUAAAUGGAUUCUUUUGUAAUAGUAUAAAACACAUGAAUGAUAAUUAUACCAAAAUGUUAAGAGGAGAAAAUAAUCAAGCCAUGACAGUAUUACAUUCUUAUGCUUCUCUUGCAUUUGCUUAUGCAGAUUCAGCCAUUCAAACUCUUCUUAGUUGGCGUACAGAAGAAAUGUUAUGGGUACCCGUUCUUUGUGUGUUUUUACUGAUUUACUUUAUUAGUUCUGCAUUAUUUCUUGGAGUGGCUUUAUGUAGUGAUACAAUUAUGCCUGGAUUUGUUAUUGGAGCUACUAUUGGUCGUUUAUUUGGACUUGCUGUACUUUCUGCAGAGAUGUCUUUACGUGGUGAUAAAACUAUUAUUCGUUCCUCAUGGGCAGAUCCGGGAUCUUUUGCUCUUAUUGGGGCUGGUAGUUUUGUAGGGGGAACCACAGGAUUAACAUUUUCUAUAUGUGUUAUUUUAAUGGAAAGUACAGGUGAUAUUCAACAUAUACUUCCUCUUAUGAUGGGUAUUACAAUUGCAAAGAAAACAGCAGAAUUAUUUACACAUAAUAUUAACGAUAUAUUAUUGGAAGCACGAUGUAUACCAAUGUUAAACUUUGAGAAUCAAAUUCAUAAAUAUCCAAUGUUUGAUGCUCGUCAUGUUAUGAUUCGAAAUGUUGUGAUAUUAGAGACUGUAUGUACAAUUGAACGUGUUCUUGAUGUUUUACGUAGUUCUCAUCAUAAUGGAUUCCCUAUUGAAAGUGUACGUGAUCGAACAUAUAAAGGAAUUAUUUUACGUAAACAAUUAGAAAUUCUUCUUUGGCAUAUUUAUUUUACAAAUGGUUCUACUUCUAUAUGUACGUAUGAGAUUGGGAAAAAAGUAGAAGCUCGUUUAUUUUAUGAUAAAUUGCUUGGUACUUUACCUUCACUGGAUAUGUAUUUAAGAAUUCGUAUUGAUCUUUCUCCCUAUAUUGAUCAAUCUGGUUUCUGUAUAUUGGAUACAACAACACUACCACGAACGUAUAAUAUGUUUCGUACACUUGGGCUUCGUCAUUUAACAGUUGUUAAUCAGAAGAAUCGUAUUGUUGGAAUUAUCACACGAAAAGAUCUCGUAGCCGAUCGUAUUAUAGAUGUUAUUACCGCCGUAGAUGAAAAACGUCGUCUUAUGAUGAAGGCACGAUAUUAUGGAAACUUUCAUAUUACAGAAGAAAAAGAAGAAAAAGAAAAAGAGAAAGAAGAACAAGAGCAAUCAUUAUUACCAUCAUCAACAUCAACAACAACAAUAAGAGUAUCGGUAGUAGAAACAAGAAGAGAAAAUGAUGGUUUAAAUAGAUCUGAACAUAUACAAGAAACGCAACCACUGGAUUAUGAUUCUUACCGUCUAGGAGAAUGGAUUGUGAUGGAGAAUCAUCAUGGCGAUUGGGAUAAUGACAGAGUAAUAAGAGAGGGACGAAUGCAUCUCAGUGAGUCUCAAGUGAAUUUAAUUCGAUUACGAGAAUCCAAUGAAAGAUCCACAUUAUUAUUAUUAUCUGAGACAAGACAUAAUAGUCAUGAUUUACGUGAAGGCGGUUUAUUAAAUGAAGAAGACCAGACAACACAGGGAACUCCAAUAGUAACAAAUCCACAAGAGGAUGACAAGAGAUAA